UACCCGCAGUACAGAUCUGAUCUACUCAUCUUUCAUUUUAAAAGAACCUUGUUCAGCUGCUCCUCUGAGUUUCUAAACAAAGCAGUAACAAUGGAAAGAUCCUCUUCUGCUGUGGUAGAGCGCUUUGAUGACAGUUCAAACACUCCACAGUGUGCAGGCUUAAAGGAACAGUUCACCACAAAAAUCAACAAAAGAUAUGUUUCCUCUAACCUGUUGUGUUAUUCGUCAAUCUAGAUUGUUUUGUUGUGAGUUGCAGUGUUUGAGAUCGUAGGGAUGUCUGCCUUCUCUCCAAUAUAAUGGGAAUGUAUAGCACUUGGCUUGAGGUGCUUCAAAGAACAUACAUUUGAAAAACUGCUUACAACUAUGUUUGUGGAUUAUUUUAAGCAACAAAGAGACAUUGCUGUUGAAACCAAGAUGGCCACAGCCAAAAACCAAGAUGGUGAUGGCCAAAGAGACUUAUUAUACUUUUGGUACCUUUUUUCUGUCAAUACUUAACACAUUUUAAUGCAGGACUUUUACAUGUAUUGACAUGUUACUUUUACUUAAAAUAUCACAACACUUCUUUCAUCUGUUCAUCUUGGGGACUCAUUCAUUUAAUAAAAGUAGAAGUCAUCUUCAAAAAUAACACAUUGAUCCUCGUGUGUUUUCUCUUCAUCACAUGCAGAGUUAUUCCCACUUAGAUGAUGGAAUAAAACUUCCAACAGCAACUGUCCUUGGCAUAUAAAACAUUCCAGCCCCCAAUUUUCUUUUUUCUAGCUCCACAAAGCAUCACAGAGCUGCAGCCGAGCCCUUCCCCUUUUUUCACACUGCCUUGAGGCAAAUAAUUCGUUUUUUUCUGGUAAACUUUCUGGGUUUACAAAUAGUGAAAGGGCUGAGGCUGAGAGGACAGAAGCAGCUGUCGUUCUCUGACAAACAGAACCCAAAACAUCCAAAAACACAAAAGUUGUUUUUCUUUUGAGAAGCAUCUUCAAGAGGUCCAUUGGAAGAUAGUUAUUUUGUUGGUUCUCGUACAAAGAGAGAAUUAACCUGCGAUGUCUCUGAGAGGUGAAGUGUGUGUGGUGACGGGAGCCAGUGGAUUCCUGGGGAAGAGGCUGGUGAGGCUGCUGCUGGAGGAAGAGCAAGCGGCUGAGAUUCGACUGCUGGACAAACAAGUACAGCCGCAACUUUUAGAGUCUCUGGAGGACUGUCGAGGCGACACACAGUUGACUGUUUACGAGGGCGACAUCAGAGACGGCGAAUUCCUGAGGAAAAGCUGUCGAGGAGCAUCGACCGUCUUCCACAUCGCAGCCAUCAUCGACGUUAAGGACACGGUGGAGUACAGCGAGAUACACGGGGUCAACGUCAAAGGAACGCAGCUGCUUCUGGAGGCUUGUAUCCAGGAGAACGUGGUGUCCUUCAUCUUCACCAGCACCAUCGAGGUGAUGGGACCAAACCCAAGAGGUGAACCCAUCAUCAACGGCAGCGAGGACACAGUGUACGAGUGCGCUCUGAAGUUCGCCUACAGCAAGACCAAAAAGGAGGGCGAGCGGAGGACCCUGGAGGCCCACGGCGAGCUGCUCCAGAACGGAGGCCGACUGGCCACGUGCGCCCUCAGACCGAUGUACAUCUACGGCGAGGGCUGCCGCUUCCUGCUGGGCCACAUGGGCGACGGGAUACGAAAUAGAGACGUUCUGUUUCGCAUGUCUCAGCCAGAAGCCCGGGUGAAUCCCGUGUAUGUGGGCAACGUGGCCUCGGGCCACCUCCAAGCGGCACGCAGCCUCAAAGAUCCACAAAAAAGAAACGCCAUCGGAGGAAAGUUUUACUUCAUUUCCGACGACACGCCGCUUGUGAGCUACUCGGACUUCAACCACGUCGUGAUGGCACCUCUGGGCUUCAACAUUCAGGAGAAGCUCAUGUAUCCGCUCUGGCUCCUCUACACGGUCUGCUUCCUCAUGGAGAUGCUGUGCAUGAUGGUCCGGCCUUUGGUACGCAUCGUCCCGCCGCUGAACCGGCAGCUCGUCACCAUGUUGAACACGCCGUUCAGCUUCUCCUAUCAGAAGGCCAAGCGGGACCUGGGAUACGCCCCCAGACACACCUGGGAGGAGGCCCGCAAACGCACCACCGAGUGGCUCGCGUCAGAGCUGCCGAAGGAGAGGGAGAGAAUAAGAGCAAAAUAAUUUGUGAAAAGUCGUUUAUACAUUAUCGGUUUGUGCAUGCUUGUGUUUUAAUUCAUUGGUUAAGACCCUUUCCCUGUGGCGACAGUAAGAAGAAAGUUUUAGAGGAAGUGUAUUUGAAGCACACAGCCAAAAAAAUGGCGAUCAUCACUGUCAAUGUUUCUUUAGAGGCACCAUUUACUAUUUUGUAGCCUGUUGUAGCAUCUUUCUCAUUAUUCUAAUAAGUUUAACACAUGUUCUUGUUAUUUCGUUUGUCUGAUAUUACCACUAGGAGUCACCAUAUUCCUACAACUAUAUGGUUUAUUUGAGGAUAAGCAUUCACUCUUUCUACGAUUUAAGGUUAACGGUACAGUAAGCAAUGUUCAAUUUUGUGAGGAAGAGGAGGGUUGGACUCCCAACACACUAAAAGUUCAAAAACAAUUUUACAUCUUUAUCGUUGACUCAUGUCAAUGUCACCUGUUGUCCCUUCACUGUAUUGCAA